UAAUCGAUGUCCCGUCGCCCCGGGCAUGGCAUGAAGGGGCGGGCCUGCCGGCUGGGUGGGCGGAGCUUCUAUUACUCCCAGCCACUAGGGAUGAGGGGGCGGGGCCGUGGCGUCCCACGCAGCGUCCGGCCGUAGGCGGGGCUCUGUUGCCGGAGUAACCGGGCGUUGGUGUUGGUGCUGGCAUCUGUCGUCGUGUCCCGGCGUCACCUAUUUCCUUGUGCUGAGCUCCUGAGACUAUGAAUCAUAGCGAAAGGUUCGUUUUCAUUACAGAGUGGUAUGAUCCAAAUGCCUCACUUUAUCGACGUUAUGAGCUUUUGUAUUACCCAGAGGACGGAUCUGUUGAAAUGCAUGAUGUGAAGAAUCAUCGCACCUUUUUAAAGCGGACCAAAUAUGACGACCUUCACCUGGAAGAUUUAUUUAUAGGCAACAAAGUGAAUGUCUUUUCUCGACAACUGGUGCUCACUGACUACGGGGAUCAAUACACAGCCCGUCAGUUGGGCAGUAGGAAGGAAAAAACAUUAGCCCUGAUUAAACCAGAUGCAGUAUCAAAAGUUGGAGAAAUAAUUGAAAUAAUAAACAAAGCUGGAUUUACUAUAACCAAAUUGAAAAUGAUGAUGCUUUCCAGGAAAGAAGCAACAGAUUUUCAUAUAGAUCAUCAUUCAAAGCCCUUCUUAAAUGAGCUGAUCCAGUUUAUUACGAGUGGCCCUGUUAUUGCCAUGGAGAUCCUAAGAGAUGACGCGAUCUGCGAAUGGAAGAGGAUUCUCGGACACGCAAACUCUCUGGUGGCACGUGCAGAUGCCCCUGGAAGCCUGAGAGCCCUCUUCGGAACAGACGGCAUAAGAAAUGCAGCCCACGGCCCUGAUUCUUUCGCUUGUGCUGCCAGAGAAAUGGAGUUAUUUUUUCCUUCGAGUGGAGUUUGUGGACCAGCAAACACUGCUAAAUUUACCAAUUGUACCUGUUGCAUUAUUAAGCCUCACGCCAUCAGUGAAGGACUGCUGGGGAAGAUCCUGAUUGCCAUCCGAGAUGCAGGAUUUGAAAUCUCAGCUAUGCAGAUGUUCAGCAUGGAUCGAGCUAACGUUGAAGAGUUUUACGAAGUGUACAAAGGAGUGGUGUCCGAGUAUAACGAGAUGGUGACAGAAAUGUAUUCUGGCCCUUGUGUGGCAUUGGAGAUUCAACAAAAUAACCCUGCGAAGACAUUUCGAGAAUUCUGUGGGCCCGCAGACCCUGAAAUUGCCCGGCAUUUGCGUCCUGAGACCCUCAGAGCAGUCUUUGGAAAAACUAAGAUCCAGAAUGCUGUUCACUGUACCGACCUGCCAGAGGACGGCCUGCUAGAGGUUCAGUAUUUCUUCAAGAUCUUGGAUAAUUAGCAGCAGCGAAAAAAGAAAAGCAGUCACAGACCGGGGCGUUUAGACAAGAGCGAAUCAUGCACGUGAGGGAUGUGUUCAUUCUUUUAUUGUCCAUUGUUUUAACCUGACUGAAUACAAGACCAGCAAGAGCGCUGUGCUCCUGGCAGCCGUUACACGUUAGAGCAGGGACUUCGCACUGCAGACACACUUACCACCGGUCUGUGGGGUACCGCGUUGCUUUUUAUAAAGUCCAAAAUAAAGAUUUAUUUUUCAAACAAG